AUGGCUGAAAAAAAUGUUGAAACACCUUUGACCAAAGGUAAUGACGUGAAAGUUGCCAUGCUUACAGGUGCGCAGUUGUUCGAGAAAAUUGGUCGACCAACAAGAAUCGUAGCACCUAUGGUAGAUCAAUCUGAAUUAGCAUGGAGAAUCUUAUCCAGGAAGUACGGGGCUACCUUAGCUUACACACCGAUGUUUCAUGCAAAGCUGUUUGCAACUUCUGAAAAAUAUAGAAGAGAUAUGUGGUGCGAUAUGGAUGGCAACAAAGACGUUGAUCGUCCACUGAUUGUGCAAUUUUGUGCAAAUGAUCCAGAAUACCUGUUAUCCGCCGCCAAGAUUGUGCAGGACAGAUGUGACGCAGUUGAUCUGAAUUUAGGUUGUCCACAAGGUAUUGCAAAGAAGGGACAUUAUGGUGCGUUUCUGAUGGACGAUUGGGAUAUCGUGCAUGCAUUGAUUAAGAAAUUGCAUGACAAUCUGGAUGUUCCAGUUACAGCCAAGAUUCGUGUUUUCCCAGAGAAAGAAAAGACACUUGAAUAUGCCAAGAUGAUCCUGGAUGCAGGGGCACAAUUUUUGACUGUGCAUGGUCGGUUAAGAGAACAAAAAGGACAGAAGACGGGACUUGCUGAUUGGGAUAUAAUCAAGUAUUUGAGAGAGAGUUUACCUCCGAAUACUGUGUUCUUCUCGAAUGGCAAUAUCUUGUACCCUGAGGAUAUCACUAGAAGUAUGGAACAUAUUUCAUGCGAUGCCAUCAUGAGUGCUGAGGGAAAUCUAUAUAACCCUGGUAUUUUUAACGCAGCAAGUGGUCUAGACAAAGAGAAAUCCUUCCCUCGUGUAGAUAUAAUUGCACGAGAAUACUUCGAAAUUGUUAAAGAGCACCAGCAAUCGCAAGCUUCAAAAAAUGCUAUGAAAUCUCAUAUGUUUAAAGUUUUGCGCCCAUUUCUAACUCAUCAUAUAGACAUAAGAGCGGAAUUGGCAUCUCUGAACGCCAAGACCGCUUUUGAAGUAUGGGAGGAGAAACUGAUUAGACCGGUGGAGGACACAGUUCAAAGAAUAUUUCAGCAAGUCGAUAUUGAGCAAAAAGAUGAGGUUUUCAAAGGCGACAUUGAAUUAUGGGGCGGAGCCUACUAUACAGUGCCCUAUUGGAGGUGUCAGCCCUACUUUAGAAAAGUUGAUGGUCUUUCAGCAGACAAAAGAAUCACCAAAAGCCUUGAGGAGAGUCGCCAAGCACUCGAUUGUGGUGAGGUUAACAAACCAGAUAAGAAGCGAAAACCAGAAUCGACCUUAGAACGGCCUCUUCAAAAAGAAGGCAAGGUAUGA